CGCCGGCCCCCCGCACCGCCUCCCUGCGCCCGCGGCGGUGGAAGGACUCUGGCUGCCCGAGUCCCGGGAGGCGGACUGGGCACCCCCACCCGCCGAGGUCUGGGCGGCUCCGGGCAGCCACCCGCCUCCUCCGCAUGGAGCUCUCGGAGCACGAGCAGGCGGCGCGGGACCGCGUCCCCAGGAUCGAUGCGUAUGGGUUUGAAAGGCCUGAGGAUUUUGAUUAUGCGGCUUAUGAAGAAUUCUUUUCCACCUAUCUGGUGGUACUCACUAGAAGAGCAAUAAAAUGGUCUAAACUUCUAAAGGGAAGCGGUAGUGUCCAGAAAAGCAUGAGAGUGAAGCGCUAUAUCCGGAAAGGUGUUCCACUCGAGCACAGGGCCCGCGUGUGGAUGGGGGUGAGUGGGGCCCAGGCCCAGAUGGAGAGGAACCCUGGCUAUUACCACCAGCUUCUCCAGGGAGAGAGGAACGACAGCCUGGAGGAGGCCAUCAGGACAGAUAUGAACAGGACCUUCCCGGACAACGUGAAAUUCCGCAGGAGCGCGGAUCCGUGUUUACAGAAGACCCUGUACAACGUGCUCUUGGCCUACGGGCACCACAACCAAGGUGUGGGGUACUGCCAGGGAAUGAAUUUUAUAGCGGGAUAUCUGAUUCUUAUCACGAAGAACGAAGAAGAAUCCUUUUGGCUAUUAGAUGCUCUUGUUGGAAGAAUACUACCUGAUUACUACAGCCCUGAGAUGCUGGGCCUGAAGACGGACCAGGAGGUCCUGGGGGAGCUGGUGAGGACCAAGCUGCCAGCGGUGGCGGCCCUGAUGGACGGGCAUGGCGUCUUGUGGACUCUGGUCGUGUCACGCUGGUUCAUCUGCCUGUUUGUGGACAUCCUGCCCGUGGAGACGGUGCUUCGAAUCUGGGAUUGUUUGUUCAACGAAGGCUCAAAGAUUAUCUUCCGGGUGGCUCUGACCCUGAUUAAGCAACACCAGGCUUUUAUUUUGGAAGCCACCAGUUUUGCAGACAUCUGUGAAAAGUUCAAGGAGAUCACCAAAGGGAGUUUUGUGACUGAAUGUCACACCUUUAUGCAAUCCAAUUCCGUUCCUCUUCCAGAAAAUCUUCUCCGAGCCUGGAAGCUUGCCCAUGACCACCAUCACCAGGCUUCGGGAGAGCUGCAGGGCCAAGCUGCUGGUGCAGGGGUGACCUGGACACACUCCCCUCUGCCCUGACCAUGAUGCUUCAUUCCCAGAGUUGACCAAUUUGUACUGCUUUCCUUUUUAGUGCUGUAAAUACUUGAUGUCUCCACACUUUAGUCGUGAAUUUUUUAAAAGAGCAAUUUAAAGUCAUGUCAUUCUGUAACUGAUGAGCUAUGAAGUCAAAUUUCUGAAGAUAUAUUUUUACCUGAGACAAUAAUAUAUAAAAUGUGAGGUGUGCGUUUGUAUUUAAUAAAGUAUGUCAACACCUAUGAGUUUGUGAUUGCCAGCCGAUUGAAAAUUAAAACCAAAACAGUAAACUGUCAUUAGUGUUACUAAUGCCAAUUAAAUAUUAUUCUAUUCC